UGAAUUUUAUAUUAGGAUCCACUCUAUCUAAACCGCACACGCGUUAUGUUCUCAUAGAUUCACCUGUCCAAACUCCUUCCUACUUUUUUUUAAAAUAAUUUCUCUCACCGCUGGCCACCGUAAACCGCCAUAACGCCACCAAACAAAUAACAAAAUGUUAACCACCACCACCACACACACUUUCUCCACCUCCUCAAUUCUAUUCUGCUGCAAUAAACCUUUCAAUCUCCAUCCCUCCGUACACCUCCGUCGUCCUACAAACCUCCACCUCUUUAACCCUCUCAGAAGUUUUGUUGAAAGUAGAGGUGAUUUGGGGAUGAAGCUUAAGUUGAAGCGAGGGUUUGGUCCUGUUUGUUACUCUGCUCCUCCUGUUACUGCAACUAAUCUUCAAUGGAUUUGCACGAUAUCUUCUGCGGUUUUGAUGUUUGCAAAAGGCACUGCGAUUCAAAAAUCCUUUCUUGUUCCUUUCAUUGCUCUUCAGGCUCCUGCAAGUCUUGUGUCAUGGAUCAAGGGUGAAUAUGGAAUCUGGACAGCAUUCUUGGCACUUUUAGUUCGCCUUUUCUUUUACAUACCUGGUGAAUUGGAAUUGCCAUUUAUAGCAUUGCUAAUGGUAAUACUGUUACCUCACCAAAUUGCAAAUUUAAGAGGAAGACAAGAAGGGGUCGUUCUGUCUUUGGUUAUCGCAGCAUUUCUGGCUUUCCAGCAUUUCACACGAAUUGGCAGUUUAAGGAGGGCGUUCGACCAAGGUUCAAUCAUUGCCACCUUAGCCGUACUUUGUAUCGUCACUGUGCCGUGCGUGCUUUUAAUCUGAACAAUUCUCCGCAACAGUUUGUAAACUUAAAAUUGUGAGUCCGUAUAUUAAAGUUCGCUAAUUAAAUCUGUAGGAAUACGUUUUAAAAGCCAGGAGGAUAAGAUUAAGAUUUGAUUACAUGAAUAAAAAAAGUCAACUUUGUUUGAAUAUAUGUUCGGUAUUCCGUUUUUUAUGCCAA